GGUACCCUCCAGACCCCCACCUCCCUCUAUCAGGGUACCCUCCAGACCCCCACCUCCCUCUAUCAGGGUACCCUCCAGACCCCCACCUCCCUCUAUCAGGGUACCCUCCAAGCAGUGAAUCCGCUCAGAUUAGCAACACAGGGAGGGAUUGAUAGUACGACAGGUGAUUGACAAUUUUCUGUGCCCUACACAUUUUUUAAUCCAGAGUUACCGUUUUGCUAAGAGGAAUAUGUUAGUUUAUAUGGUGACUUUGCUCUUUUUGCUCUUGAAACAACAUGUUGUAAUAUAAAUAUUGUGAACUCAUAUGAAUAUUACUUUUCCUCUUUUUAAGCAUAAUCAAAAAUGAUGAGAAUGGAUUGAGUACUAGACGGUGAGUAUCGAUUAAAGAGGAAGAAUUCAUAUCACAUGCUCUCAUCUGUCAGUAUAAUGCAGUAUACUGUAAUACCACCAGUAUGUCUAAGGCCUAAUUAAUAAAUUAGAGUCUGUAGUGACAAUUAUGGACAAUGCUAACUAUCCCAACAAAAAAUUAAAUGUGAAAUCUCACCUAUUGCUUUGUGUUUACAGGUUUGCUGUUGUUUCCUGAAAAGGUCACAGUUUAGCCACAUUGCUGAAUUUGAUCCUUUUGGAUGGGCUGCCAUGGCCGUGAAAAGGCCAGCCAAGUUGCGCGUUAUUCUGAAUCCUGAUGACACCAGGAAGCUAAUUCUGCCUAAUGGAAUUCCAGAGACGAUGGAGCAGCUUAUGUAUGAAGUCAGGAAAGUGUGUGGGUUAAAUGCGAAUUUUAGACUGCAGUACCAAGACAGAGACUUUGGAGAUGCACUAGUGAACUUGACAUCUACUGCGGAACUUGAGGAUUUUGCAACUGUCAAGGUCGUCCCCAUAACUGAUGAUUGCAGCCAAGAAUUAAUUCUCAAUGUCUGUGAGGAUUUAGUGUCAACUCAAUCAGAUGACACAGAGCUCCUGUCCACACCCUCCAGCACUGUCUCUACAAGAACUCAGAUGUCGCCAAGAGAAUUUCCAAUACCAACAUUUUCCUAUGACACUGAACUGCAGUUAGAAAAGGGAAAUGCCGUGUAUAGGUCAAACAAGACAAGGUUGACACUGAGUUCAAAAAUAAAGUCAGAUAUUCUGGAAAAGGUAGCUGAAGAGAUAUUCGAGUACAAAGCCUACCCAACAGAUUCUGACUUCAGUGACGUUGCCGAAGCACUAAUCAAGAAGCAUCCAUGCCUCUCUGAACCUGGUUCAUACAGCGGUUGCUACGGGUGGAAGCAGCGGCUGAAGACAAAAAUGGGCAACUACCGAACUCAGCUCAAGGGCAUCGGGUGUUCUGAAUUACUUGCAAAUUCAUUGAAGUCCAAAGCUCCAGAGGAUGCAUUGCCAGCAAAAAAAGUAAAGAGACCUAGGAGAGGAGAGGCCAACCACAUACCUGACAUUCCAACUGGAGAGACCCCUGAAAAAUUAGAAAAUGAGAGACUGACACUUUUAAGCGAAGUGAAGAAGCGAAACAACCGUGCAGUGAUAAAGGACAAAAUGAACAAGACCUUUUCACUGCGAAGACAGGACAUUGUGGGAAAAGAAUCAGGAGUGGAAGAGUUGAAAGUUAGAUGGCCUGCAUUGUUCACAAUGGAUGAGAUUAAUGCUGAAUUCAUGAGGAUCACAACUGUUCCACUUCAACCGCGAUUCCUGGCGUCCUUGGACAAGCACCACAGCAAGCUGAUUGACAUCAUCAGAAACAAGGGAGGAGUUGUCAGGGAGAAGACCCGGAACAUACUGAAAGUUCUUGAUCAAAGCCUCGAGGUGAAUCAAAAAAGAGAGUGUCUGCUGAAGUGCCUUAUUCUGUACCUUGGGGAAGACGUGGACAAACUUAUCAAGGAGUAUCUGGUUGUGCAGAAGGAUGAAGCUGAAACCGAGCUUGAGAGGUGUACAAUGGCAGUGUUUGUCAUCAGGGAGGAGAAGGAUCCUCUCCAGCCACCACAUGACAUUGGGAUUGUUCUUGAAGGUGUGGAAGUCCUUAAUGAGUUGCCAUCGGUCGCACAUGCAUGUGCCAUGUUAUUUGGCUUCAUCUAUGCUCUAAACUUGAGCUAUCCAGGUGAGCUCAAAUACACUUUUGAUGCACUACAGAAAAUAUUCAUGGAGAUAGAGCCAAAGAAAAUGACACGCAAAGUGUGCAGUCUGAGUGUCAAGCUCUAAAUACUGGAUCAAUCAAGAAAGACAUUUGGAUACAGCAUGUUUUUUGUUCUGUUUUAUAGCUUGUAUUCAAAUACAUUCCAAGAUGAUGGAAGAGUUUCAUUGUUAAUUGUAAAUAAGAGAGAGAAACAGACUUUAAUUCAAAACUGGCUCCAGAGGAUGCAUUGCCAGCAAAAAAAAGUGGAAAGGCCAACGACAUACCUAACAGAGACUGUCACUUUUAAGUGAUGUGAAGAAGCGAAACAACUGUGCAGUGAUAAAGGACAAAAUGGACAAGACUUUUUCACUGCAAAGACAGGACAUUAUGGGAAAGGAAUCAGGAGUGGAAGAUUUGAAAGAUAGAUGGCCUUAAUUUCUGAUUGUCUCUGUUAACAGAAUUAUUUCUGUGGUAUAAAUAUUGUGGCACUGUUAUUAACACUGAAAUGUGAAUAAUGCUAAAUUCACAAUGACCAGCAAUUCAGUACUAGUAAUGGUAAUGUUCUUAAACUGACUUAUGCACAAAAGACCAAGCUUUGUUCAUAGAUUGCACCCCCAGCAAUUGAACUGCACUUUUCCUUGGUUGUUUUUUUGGGUCUCUUGAUCUCACAUUUGUAAUGGUUCAAAAUAAUGUGACAUUCAUACAUUCUGGUCAUUUUAUCAAAGGAUAGUUAAGUUUUAACACUGUUAGAAUCUAUUUUUACACUUCUUAAUGGCUAUUACAUUACAUAUCUCAGGUUCUAAAGGAGAGAUGUACAAACCCGUUUCACAUGUUAAGAUAUCUGUGGUUAAGGUUACAGAAAGGUUGCAUAAGGUUUAAAAAACAUUGAAAAGAUCAUGAUUUAUUUGAUUUUAUAGUUACUAUGUAUUUUUCCUCAAGUGUUGAGUAUACUUGCUAGCUUUAUUGGCCGCACAAUUCAUUGUGGGUUUCCUUUUUUGGGUUGUUUUUUUUUUCUUUUUUUUAGUACA